UUAUAACCCGUCUCAGAGUCACCGUUUUCUGCCUCCUCCUCGUCUCCCCGCCGAUCUCGCACGCAACCACGCGACGCCGUCACCCCAAAUCUGAAACCCUGAGAGGGCAAACGGUUUGAUCGAGAAGGAAACAGAGGGGAGAAAAGGCCGGUGAGGGAGCGCUGUAGGUUUUUGGAUCGAUGAGUAGUAUCAGAGCUAAGAACUUUCGACGCCGCUCCGAGUCCGAUGAUGCUAACGCCGAGGAGAAGUCCGUCCCAAGUCCCUCCACUAAAAGCCAAACCCUAACCCUAAGCAAGCCCAAGGCUUCCAAGCCGGAAGCCCCCAAGCGGCUCAGCUUCGCUGACGACGAGGAGGAGGACAACGACCGCCGCCCCUCCCGGAUCCCCUCUUCUUCCGCAGGCGCUGCCUCCGUCCACAGGCUCACAUCCUCGAAGGACCGUUCGAAGGCUUCGCGUUUGGCCUCCUCUAUCCCUUCCAAUGUCCAGCCGCAGGUCGGUGAAUAUACCAAGGAGCGGCUCCUCGAGCUUCAGAAGAACGCUCGGCCUCUGGGAAGCAUAUCGCGGUCCCAGCGACCGCCUGUUGUGCCAGAGGCCAAGCCCAGGAAGUCUGAUAGGCCGGCUGAACCUGUAAUCGUCCUUAAAGGAUUCCUAAAGCAGGCAUCACCAGGUAGGGACAAGCAGGAGGGUGUCGUACUGAAACGGCAGGAAACGAACGAGGAGGAGGAAGAAGAAGAGGAGUUGGAAGAAGAUGAUAGUAAUGGUGGUUCACUUACAGGGGCGAAGUUUCCGACUAUUCCCGAUCCAGAAACUAUAAAAGCCAUUCGUGCAAAGAGACAGCAACUUCAGCAACCACGACAACCUGCUCCAGAUUUCAUAUCCCUUGAUGGUGGUAUGCCAAGUAGUCGUCCUUCUGCUGACGGUUCAAGUGAUGAAGAAGACACUGAUUUCCAAGAGAGGAUUUCUUUAUUUGGGAUUAAGGCAGAUGACAAGUUGAAGAAGGGAGUUUUUGAGAGCAUUGAUCAGAGGCUUACUAUCACGGAUGAAAGAAAGAUGGAUGGUGGAUUCAGGAAAGGAGACAUUAAUAUCGAUGACGAUGAGGAUGAAGAGGAGAGGAAAUGGGAGGAAGAACAGUUCAGAAAAGGUCUCGGAAAGAGAAUUGAUGACACUUCCUCUCAGCGAGUUAAUUACAGUGUCGCUCCUAUUCCACUCCAUCCACAGCCUAGUGUCUACCCUGGAGUUGCUCAUCAGACCUCGGCAAGCAUGACAUCAGCUUCCUAUGGUGCUUCAAGGAGCGCUGAGGUUUUGUCCAUAUCUCAGCAGGCUGAGGUUGCAUCCCGAGCUAUGCAGGAGACCAUCAAUAGGCUCAAGGAAUCUCACAAAAUAACUACGAAUUCAUUGGUCAGGACAGACACCAAUAUCACUGAGUCUCUAACCGAAGUUUCCAGCCUUGAGAAGUCACUGAAAGAAGCUGAUGACAAGUACAACUUCAUGCAACAGCUCCGAGACUUUAUUUCAGUAAUGUGUGAUUUCUUGAAUGACAAGGCCUUUUUAAUUGAGGAAUUGGAGGAACAAAUGCAGAAACUCCAUGAGAAGCGAGCUUUAGCUGUUGUCGAAAGAAGAGCUGAUGAUAUAGCAGAUGAUGAUAAUGAAGUGGAAUCUGCUGUCAAUGCAGCAAUUGCAGUUUUAAGUAAAGGAUCUAGUUCAGCUUAUGUAGCUGCUGCUACUGCUGCUGCCCAGGCUGCCACUGCUGCUGCUCGAGAAAGUGCAGAUUUACCCGUCGAAUUAGAUGAGUUUGGACGAGACAUCAACUUAAAGAAGCGCAUGGAUUUUACAAGGAGGGCAGAGUCAAGAAAACUGAGAAAAGCUCGGGCUGAGUCCAAAAGAAUUGCAUCUAUGGAAAUGGAUAAUUUGUUGCAAAUUGAAGGAGAAUUAAGUACUGAUGAAAGUGAUAGUGAGAGUAAUGCGUAUAUUUCUAGCAGGAAUGAGCUGAUCCAAACUGCUGAAGAAAUAUUUAGUGAUGCAUCUGAAGAGUAUGCAAAUCUUAGAAUUGUGAAAGAAAGGUUUGAAAGAUGGAAGAACCAAUAUCUGUCUAGUUAUCGAGAUGCUUAUGUUUCCAUAAGUGUUCCAUCUCUGUUUUCUCCAUAUGUGCGGUUGGAGCUCUUGAAAUGGGAUCCUCUUUAUGAUGCAACAGAUUUCUUUGAUAUGGAAUGGCACAAGCUUCUUUUUAAUUAUGGAUUGCCAGCAAAAGGUCAGGAUUUUGAGCCUGAUGAUGCAGACGCUAAUCUUAUUCCAGAAAUAGUUGAGAAGGUUGCCCUUCCCAUCUUGCAUCAUGAAAUUGAGCACUGUUGGGACAUAUUGAAUACCCAAAGGACAAAGGGUGCUGUCUUUGCUACUAAUAUGGUUAUCAGCUAUGUCCCAGCUUCAAGCAAGGCUCUGCGUGAAUUACUUGCUGUAAUCCAUACUCGCUUGAAUGAAGCCAUCACUGACCUUAAUGUGCCUGUAUGGAGUAGUGUAAUUACAAAGGUUGUGCCAGGUGCUGCUCAAUUUGCAGCUUAUAAAUUUGGUAUGGCUGUUCGUCUACUAAGGAACAUUUGCCUUUGGAAAAAUAUUCUUUCAAUGCCUGUAUUAGAAAAGCUUGCACUAGAAGAGCUACUGGGAGGAAAACUUCUGCCUCAUGUAAAAAGCAUCAUGCCUAAUAUACAUGAUGCCAUUAUGAGGACUGAAAGAAUCAUAGCAUCAUUGGUGGGGAUUUGGUCGGGUCCUGAGGUCACACUAGGGACUAGUCAGAAGUUGCAGCCUUUGGUAGAUUGCAUUUCAGAGUUAGGGGGCAAGUUGGAGAAAAGGCAUGCAUUGGGUGUUAGCUUGGAGGAGACCCGUGGGCUUGCUCGUCGGUUGAAGAAUAUGUUAGUGUCAUUGAAUGAGUAUGACAAAGCUAGAGCAAUUUUGAGAACCUUUCAACUCAAAGAAGCACUCUGAUAUUGCUGCUGCCAAUCUAUUGUAAUUGUAUAUCUAGCUUUACUCUUCCUAGAGCAACAUCUCAUAGACCAAAUCUUUUCAAGAAAGAGGAUCUUCAUUGUUUCAAAAGCAUCUCAAGAUUUCAGUUUUGUAGUGGAUAAUACAGGCGGUAAUCUAUUGAACUUGUUUGGGAAUUUCAAAAGCUUUUUAAAAUUACACAGGUGAUAAUCUAUUUUUCUUCAGAAGCUUUUUGAAGCCUGACCAUGAUUCCCUUCAAGUAAUUACAAACUAGGGAAUGCUUUCCCUAUCCAUUUCCUCUCGACAUCGUCUAUAGAGUACUAUCUUUCUUUCCAUCUCUCCUGUUGUUUAGAGGCCUCUUUUUUCAUUGCAUAUACAUGUCAGACUUUUUUUAUCUCAUUUUUUUUUUGUAGCAAAAGAUUUGAUUUGCUUGCACUGUCUUGUUUUUUGUUGGAUAGAGACAGAUGUUAGUGUCCAACUUUUUAAUGGCUAUUACAUUUUACUUGUAAAUCUGCUAUCUUUUUAUUUUUGAUUUA